AUGUAUGGAAAAGAUCUUAUAAGCAAUUUAAAAAGUGAAUUAUCAGGUGACUUCGAAGAUUUGAUCCUGGCGCUAAUGGAGCCGCCAGCACGAUAUGAUGCACAACAACUUCAUAAAGCUAUGCAAGUAUCGGGUUUGGGUACAAAAGAAUCAGUGCUAAUUGAAAUUAUGUGUUCACGAACAAAUGCACAAAUUGCUGAGUUGCGGAACGUUUAUCAGCAAAUGUACAAUUCAACAUUGGAGAAAGAUUUAAUUGGUGAAACAAGUGGACAUUUUAAACGAUUACUCGUAUCAUUAUGUAAUGGUGGACGUGAUGAAAGUAUGCAAACUGACGCUUUACGUGCUAAUCAGGAUGCGAAAAAAUUAUACAACGCUGGUGAACGACGUCUUGGUACCGAUGAAUCAUGCUUCAAUGCUAUUUUAGCUUCACAAAAUUACGCGCAACUAAAAUUAAUCUUCCUAGAAUAUCAAAAGAUAACAAAUCAUACAAUUGAGAAAGCAAUUGAAGCUGAAUUUAGCGGUGAUGUCAAGGAUGGCUUAUUAGCUAUUGUUGCUUGUGCACAAAAUAAACCCGCUUAUUUUGCCACCUUACUUUACAAUAGCAUGGUGGGAUUUGGUACACGUGACAAUGAUUUAAUUCGUAUUAUUGUUACACGUUCUGAGAUCGAUUUAGCAGAUAUACGGCAAGAAUUUGAACGAAAAUAUAAUAAGAGUUUGGAAUCAUUCAUUAAGGGUGAUUGUUCGGGAGCAUACAAAGAUGGUCUUAUUGCACUUGUUCGUGGCAAUUAA